GCCACUCGGGAGCUUCCCGGCAGCCCGGUGCCCCACUUGGCAAUCCGCUCCGUGCUUCUUCCUCGCGCCCGCCUCCUCUUGUCACCUCCCGUCUCAGCCUCCCUGCUCCAUCCCCGCCGCAUCAACCGCCGGCCGAGUGCCUCCGGGAGCGAGAGGUGGUGCGCGGGGCUGCAGGGCGCGCCCUCACGCGGACCCCGGCUCGGCUUUGGGGGGCACGGGCAGCAGCAUGGACACCAAGCGCUGCUUCGCCAACCGCUUCGAUGACUACCAGGGCAGUCUGCUGGCGGGCCAGUGCGAGGAGGCGGUGGCGCCCUUGGUCACCGCCACCAUCGAGCGCAUCCUUCAGGAGCUGCCCCCGCUCGGGGGCGGCGCUGAGGCCCGGGGGGCGGCGGCCGCGGCCAGCAGCUGCCAGGGCGGGCUGUACGGCGGCGUGGCCGGGGUGGCCUACAUGCUCUACCACGUCUCGCAGAGCCCGCUCUUUGCCGGGGCCCGGGAGCGCUACCUGCGCUCGGCCAAGCGCCUCAUAGACGCGUGCGCCCGCGCCGAGGAGUGGGGCGAGCCGGACGCCGACACCCGCGCUGCCUUCCUGCUCGGGGGAGCGGGCGUGUACGCCGUCGCCACGCUCGUGUACCACGCCCUGGGCCGGUCCGACUACGUGCAGCCGCUGGGCAAGUUCCGGGCUCUGUGCGCCGUCUGCGCGCCGGUGUCCUUCCUGGAGUGCGGCUCCGACGAGCUGUUCGUGGGCCGCGCGGGCUACCUGUGCGCCGCCCUGGUGCUCAAGCAGAAACUCGCCCAGGAGGUACUGACCCCAGCACAGAUCAAAUCAAUUUGCCAGGCGAUUCUGGACUCUGGGAAGCAGUAUGCCAUGAAAAAAAGGAAACCAUUCCCUCUGAUGUAUUCUUACUAUGGAACUGAGUACUUGGGAGCAGCUCACGGCCUGUCGUCCAUUCUCCAGAUGCUUCUGUCUUACCAUGAGCACCUCAAGCCCUCUGAUCAGGAGCUGGUGUGGCAGAGUGUGGACUUCCUCAUGGAGCAGGAACAGAACUGCAACUGGCCUCCCGAGCUCGGCGAGGCCAUCGAGAGAGAGAACGAGCUGGUGCACUGGUGCCACGGCGCCCCAGGAAUUGCCUAUCUGUUUGCCAAAGCUUAUCUGGUUUCCAAAAAACCACAGUACCUGGACACGUGUAUCCGGUGUGGGGAACUUACGUGGCAGAAGGGCCUGCUGAAGAAGGGACCGGGGAUUUGCCACGGUGUGGCUGGAAGUGCUUACGUCUUCCUGCUGCUCUACCGUCUCACCGGAAACUCCAAAUACAUCUACCGGGCGCAAAGGUUUGCUGAGUUUUUAUUUACGGAGGAAUUCAAGGCCGGCUCUCGUGUCCUUGAAAGUAUAUACAGCUUGUAUGAGGGAUUCUCCGGGACGGUGUGCUUUCUGAUCGAUCUGCUGCAGCCCAAUCAGGCUGAGUUCCCUCUCUUCAGCGUCUUUGUCUAGAAGGCUCCAUCUCCCACUGUGGCCCUGCAGAAGGUCCCUGAGAUUUCCCGAGCCUACCCGAGGCAGUUUCCACAUAAGCCACAUUCAAUGGUAUCACAACCAUGAGCCUUAACAUUGCCGCCAGAAGGAAGGAAGGGAGGGAGAAGGCAGGUGAAGGCAACAUGAUACCAGACGGAAGGAAGAACGUUUGUGAACCUGCAGAAUUAAGACCCCACAGCUCUUCUAAACACCAUAGAGACUUAAAGUUUCAGGGAAUAGUUGUGAAACCAGAGAUCAAAGGAAAAAAGGAAAGAGAAAUCAUCCAUUUUUCAGUUAUGGCAUAGAAAACAAAGCUGAAAUGUGGACCAUGUCAAUAAGAUGCCAGUACUUUUGCAAUUGGAAAGAGAAUUUGGCCAUUUGUGGGUACCCUCCACCCCUAAAUUCAGAAAUAAACACAAUAAAAAACCAAAGUAAUUGCCCAGCUGAAAAUUUCUAGCAAAGAUAAAAUGUCAGAUUGCUAAAGGACAAAAAAAGGAAACUCUUGGUUGUCCUAGGCCUUUACUUAUUCAAAUUCAUGUUUUUACUGAAUGGAGAAAUUUGCAGAUGGAUCUCUAUCUUUAAUCAUUUCUCUGGGCCCUUUAAAGGAAACAUAUCAUAACCUUCUUUUAUUUUUGAAGAUUUCGUUUUUAAGUAAUCGCUAUGCCCAGUGUGGGGCUCAAACUCACAAAACUCAGUUUAAGUCCUGAAAUUCGAAGGUUCUUUUGGGCCUAACAUCUCUUUUCCUCGUUCCUUUUUCUUUCCUAAAGCUCAAUUAGAAUAGUAAAAUUCAUAGACUAGCAAAUACUGUAGCAAGUGUUGCAGUCAAGUAUUUUUCUCAAUUUGAAAUGUGAGCUGUGUCUUCUCUAUUGUUAAUUCGUAUUAAAAUGCUUAUGUAAUCCCUAUGAAGCUAUUAGCUGAACUGUAAAAUACACUUGUGGUAAAAAUUGCUCAUCUCAAAGAUCAGGGUGGCCACUACAAAGUUAUGUCGUUCCUGCCUUUCAUGGAAUACUAGGGCUCCUGGGACAGGCAGACCCUGGCUGAGAAUGAGACCUAGUGAUGGUGAAAAGAACAUUGCUAAAGUUCAUGCUGUUAGGUUAAGAGAUGAGUGAACUCGUUGGCUGAUUGCCUUAGUCCUCCAGACACGGGCUCCACUAGAAACUGUCUAUAAUCCCCACUGAGCCAAGCUGUCAUAUUAAAUUCUACCCUGCUAUAGACAUGUAGAAAUUGUAAAACUACUUCAGGUAAAUAGGGGUUUGCAGAAUACAGUAACACCUGUCAGGUCAAUGUGAGCUUACCCAGUUCCUAGAAUUUGGUUACUGGCGAUUUCAUAUAUCGGAGUAAAGAGAGACUUGUGUGCCGUACAAGAUUUAAGAAUUAUUGAAAUAGUCAUCAAAUAUUUGCAUAUAUGUGAUAGAUGUAAAAAAUAUAUAUGUGUAUUCUACAUCUAUCUCCAUGUAAACCCAAACACUUAUUAUUAAGUUCAGUAAUUCCUAACUUCUUGCUUUAUAGAUAAACUGGGAGGAGUUGGGAAUACUCUGUUGCCUAAAAUGUAUGUGUGUGUGU